UCAUCCAAGAUGUUCAUGUCUUUCUUUCUUCAGUCGAAAAGAAAUUAAGGUUUUUGAUGAAAACAUUCUCCUUAUAGUGGACUUCAAUGGCCUCCAAACGGUUGAAGGUCAAAAUUACAGUUUCAGUGCAGCUUCAAAGGGCUUUAAACGAUAUCAGACGAGGAGUAAGGGUCUUAUCUAGCGAAACGAUCGGUCACUUUCGAAAAAAAUACAACUGUAUAUGUUUUAUAUAAACAAACGUUCGCCUUCUAAGUGCCUCCGCCAAAACCGCAUUUCCGCAUUCUCCAAAAUGCUUACGCUGUAUGUCCUACACCUUCCCUAUUCUACUUACGGAAAAAAUGUAAUUGGCGCUGCGUUCGUUCCGUAAGUUGAAUAGGGAAGGCGUAGGGCAUACAGCGUAAGCUUUGGGGUUUGUUUGUUUGUUUGUUUGUUUGUUUGUUUCAGAAAAAAUGAGUUUAUUUUUGCUUGGGAUUUCAUAAUUUAGUCUUUCAAAUUGACUAUAAGAAUGUCUUUAAUUUUUAUCUAUUUAUUUAUUUUUAUCAUUCCUUGUAGGCCUACAUUAAAGUGUCCUUAAAUUGCAUACUUUAAUUAUGUAGGCUAUAGCCCACCUUUUAGCUUCGUUUUUUAAUUGGUUUAAAUGGUUUUUAAUUGUUAAUAUUGAUUAUUCUUUUGUUUUUAUUUAUUCAGUUUUUAUAGUUCUUAUAGCCUAAAUUGAUUCAUUAUUUUAAGAUACACAUGCAUAUAAAAUAAAAGUACAAAACACAAUAUUACUUUCUUAUUUUAUAAUAGGUAUACAGAAAGAGCUAAAAGACUUACAGAUGUUGAUGCAAACUUUGUGCAGCAGCCCAUAUCCUUAAUCAUCUGAAAUACGUAAGUCUACUCCAAUACAGUGUCAAUAGAAAAAUUAUUAGUCACAAUAAUUUAUUAGUCACAAGCCUCUUUAGUCAAACCGCUCAUCAAAUAGUCAGUUCAAAGUCAUUCACUCAUAGUCAGUUUAUUGCUUUAUCAGUGUUUUGAAGUUACAGUAACACCAUAAAAACACUGAAGGCAGUGCUGAAUGCUGAUCAAAAGACUGACUUUACUUCAGCGACCUAAAAAAUGUUCUGCUUAAUGAAGUGAAAUACUCAAGAAUUUGUUAGAAUAUGCAGUUUCAAUAUGAACUUUUAUUGUUAAAUGAGGCUUUGGUUAUGUGGGAAACUCUCUCUCUCUCUCUCUCUCUUAUGUAUACAUUUAAUAUUGGUCUAUUUCAUUAGUAUUUAUGUUAAAAUAUACACUCAGUUAUGUAAUAUAAACUCAAUUAAACGCUUACGUAUUUGAAUUGCAUGUAAAAUUUAGAUAACACAGUUUUAACCAGUGUUGGGGGUAAUGCAUUACAAAUAACUUGAGUUACAUAAUCAGAUUACUUUUUUCAAGUAACUAGUAAAGUAACGCAUUACUUUUAAAUUUACAACAAAAUAUCUGAGUUAUUUUUUCAAAUAAGAAACGCAAGUUACUUUGUUUUCCCAUGUAUUCACUGACAGCUCUUCUGUGCCCAUGUUGAGAGAAAUCGGAGUAAGUGCAGAGGCGUUGUGUGCGCUGUGAUGGUUAUUGUAGUUCUAGACUAAAUGUGAGCAUUUUCUCACACAAAACUUGCACAAAAACAGUCAGUAUUCCUCAAAAUGAAUAAAAACAGUGAAAUGCAAUCUUGGAAUAUUGCACAAACCUAAGCUGUGAUCCAAUUCAACCAUACUAAUAAGCAAAAAUGGCUUUAGACAAACAUCACAUUUGUGAUCAGCCUGAAGCUUAUUCAUUUCACUUUUGGUGUGAAAUGGCCUUUAAAUUUGCCAAAAAUGUAACUUUUUUGUUGUUAUUAAAAAACAAGCAAGCCCAGCCCAGGUGAGGAAAAAGUAGCUCAAAAGUAAUGUAACGCAUUACUUUCUAUAAAAAGUAACUAAGUAACGCAAUUAGUUACUUUUUUAGGGAGUAACACAAUAUUGUAAUACAUUACUUUUUUAAAAGUAACUUUCCCCAACACUGGUUUUAACAUGCACAAACUAAUGCAAUUAAUGUGAUGCAUAUUUGUCAGUCAUACACAAAUGAAACAGGUAUAAAAAACAGGUAAGACUUCUGCACUCAAAAAAUCAUGGCAUAGUUUAUUAUUAACUAUUUGCAUAUAUUUGAUUUCAUUUAAAUAAUCGUAUUUUAAAAAUGUGUUAGAAUCAGUAUAGGCUAUCUGUUCAUUGUGAAAAAAAUAUUUAUUAGUUAAAAAGCAUAAACAUGGCAAUAUGCAAUUAUGAGAAUGACACUAAUUGAAUUUAUUGACGAGAAACCCAGUUAUUGUGUAUUUAAAACACAUUCAGUUUUAAUAUUACAUAAAUCUUACCUUUAUUUAUGUAUGACUGACAAAUAUACAUCACAUUGGCCCGGUUUCACAGACAGGGCUUGGCCUAAACCAGGAUUAGGCCUUAGUUCAAUUAGAAUUUUUAAGUAGCUUUUAUAAAUGUACACUAGGAAAAAACAUCACUGGUGUGCAUCCUGAGACAAAACAAUGGCACUGACAUAUUUUAAGUUAUGUAUGUACAAGUUGCUUUCAGUUAAAACAGCUCAAACAUGCAUUUUAGUCUGGGACUAGCUUAAGCCUUGUCUGUGAAACCGGGGGAUUAAAGGGUUAGUUCACCCAAAAAUGAAAAUUCUGUCAUUUAUUACUCACCCUCAUGCCGUUCCACACCCGUAAGACCUUCGUUUAUCUUCGGAACGCAAAUUAAGAUAUUUUUGUUGAAAUCCGAUGGCUCCGUGAGGCCUACAUAGGGAGCAAUGACAUUUACUCUCUCAAGAUCCACAAAGGUACUAAAAACAUAUUUAAAUCAGUUCAUGUGAGUACAGUGGUUCAAUAUUAAUAUUAUAAAACGACGAGAAUAUUUUUGGUGCGCCAAAAAAAAACAAAAUAACGACUUAUAUAGUGAUGGCCGAUUUCAAAACACUGCUUCGGGAAGCUUCGGAGCGUUAUGAAUCUUUUGUGCCGAAUCAGCGGUUCGGAGCGCCAAAGUCACGUGAUUUCAGCAGUUUGGCGGUUUGACACGCGAUCCGAAUCAUGAUUAAAUGAGUAAAUGUCAUUUAAAAAUUAAAACUACAAUUUAAAGCUGAUUCUUAAUCCAAAUGGAUGAAACUUUUUUAUCCAAUUCAAAUACAUAAAUCUUUAAUUUAGGCCUAAAUAUUUUUCGAGUAUGAAUGUUUACAUAUUGCAGAUGAUGAGGCUGGUUGUUUUUUCAUGUAUUUUUGCAGUUUUCUUUAGUCAUGUAAAAAAAAAAAAUUAAAAAAAAAAAAAUUAAAACUACAAAUAGUCUUCCCUUAAUCUGCACGUAUAAUAGGCUAAUAUAGAGAGCUUUAUGUUUAUAGUAAUUUUAUAUAGAAUGUUUAUCACACUGCAUUCACUUUUUAUGUCAAAUACCCAUUUUUAUGUCAAAUACCUUAUGGGCACGCGCUGAUCAAAUAUGGUAAGAAUACAGUCAUCACUGACCUCUAAAGCACAAUUGUAGAAAAAAUGUGUCAAGUGUUUGUUCAGCGCGUAAUUUAAUGUAUGACUGAAUGCCUGACGUGCGUGAACAGGUAGUCGCGUUGGAGUCUUGACCAAUUUGUGCCAUAGCGCACCGCGCCGUGUGCGUCAGCGCUCAACAACUGCAGGAGUCAAACGCCCUAAACAUAACAAAUUAAAUAGUCAGGUACUACGGUAGGAUUAAAUUAACAAUGGCUGAUAACCUUAAUUGCAGCAGCGGUAACUGCUCCAGUGCGCACGAGGCGUUCGGUUUAUCCGAUGGACACUUUGCGCUCGUGAAAGCUGCAGUUCUGGGGUCCAUUUUCGUGCUGGCAACAUUUAGCAAUUUAUUCCUCCUCCAUGCCCUCUGGAAAAGACGGAAAAGACACACUCGAACUCAGCUGUUUCUUCUCCACCUGUGCCUGGCUGACCUGGUUGUCGCUUUCUUCCAAGUCCUGCCGCAGUUAUCCAUGGAGAUUACGCACCGGUUCAAAGGCUCCGAUCUGGUGUGCAGAUCAGUUAAGUAUCUUCAAGUGGUCGGGAUGUUUGCGUCCACGUAUAUGAUCGUGGCCAUGACCAUAGAUCGCUAUCACGCGGUCUGCAAACCCAUGGUGUCGUUCUUCAGGGGGUCUUUCCGCAGGUAUGUUGCCAUAAGCGCCGCCUGGCUCAUCUCACUGGCGUUCAGCGCUCCGCAGAUGUUCAUCUUCUCUCUCCAAGAAGUUGAGAAGAACGUUUUCGACUGCUGGGCGACAUUUAUUGAGCCCUGGGGAGGCAAAAUAUACAUAACGUGGAUCACUUUAUCCGUGUUUGUUCUGCCAGCCUUAAUCUUGAUGUAUUGUCAGAUAAAGAUAUGCGCAGGGAUCUAUUUCAACAUGAAGAGGAAAGCCUUGCAGGGCAGCACAGGUGAUGGGCGCUCCAGCACUAAAGGGAUAUCAAGCGCAAUGCUGAAAACUGUCAAAAUGACUUUUAUUAUCAUCCUGGUGUACACCCUCUGCUGGAGCCCAUUCUUCGUGGUCCAGCUCUGGUCAGCUUGGAGUCCAAGCAGUGCACCCACGCAAGGGCCAGUGUUUGUCACUAUCAUGCUCCUUGCCAGUCUUAACAGCUGCACAAACCCAUGGAUCUACCUGUACUACAGCUAGAACCUCACGCGCAAGUUCUUGCUGCUGAAGAGUGCAUGAAUAUGGUCAUGGCAUAAUUCGGCAUGGUCAUUCGUUUCAAUUUAAAAAUAUAUAUACUUGUACUGCUAUAGAGAAUGAAGGAGAUCUGUUCUCUUUUCGUUGUUGCAUGUACUAAGCUGUAAAAUGUAAGUAACUGUAUAUAUUCAUAGAAUGAGGUUUCUGACAGAUGAUAUAUGAGUAAUGGCACCUCGUCUUUGUGCUGUAAUAAUAUCCCCUGUGAUUUACAGGUAAUGUACCAGCCAUUCUGCACUAAGUGACAAGUCUUGUAUCAAGAAACAACAGUUCAUAUUUAAAGAUAAUUAAGGUAUAACUAGUGUAUAAUUAUUCCCAAGUAGGUAUUGAAAGAAAUUUAGCACAUGCCUUCAUUUGUGUGAUUAUGCAGACAAAUGAGCUGCAUAUGUGAUUGUCAUUAUAUAUCUUUGAUUGUAUAGAGCUGUUUUUUCACAUCUUUUGAUUCAUUUUUGAAACACUGUAUGAUCUUACCUGACCCAUGUAAAUUGGCCUUUGGUCAAUGCAAUUCAUUUACAGUCAUUAAAGUAAUGCUAUUUUCCAUUUCUCAUUUAAACAAAAAUGCAAAUUAGCUUGUGUAUAAAAAAUUCUAUAGGAUUACAAUUAUGUGUGACGGUUUCCAUAGUCACUGUGAUGAUUUCAUAUUUUCACGCACACAAAUUUCUCUGUACUGCAAAGCCUGUUUUCUGUGAAAGUCACUUCACACAUUUUGAGAUCCGUUUGAAUCCUUAAAUAAAGCAAAAUGAAAUGGGAAUGUUCCUUCAACGAGAAACCCAGAAUCAUACAAACAAAGAUUUUCAGCGAUCAGUUUCAUAAUUAUAUUUCCCUCCAGGAAUUUAUUGCUUCUAUUCCCCUCUGUUCCCAUAAAUAAUAGAGCAAUAUUGAAUAUUUAAUACACCUAAUUUAGUUCCUCACAUAUUUGGAGUUUAAAUGCAGACCAUCUUUUGGAUGAGGAAUCUAGGUUUAUAGGUUUAUUAUUCUAAAAAUAUUUAUUUGUAGAUAUUUAAUAUUUUAAUUUAUUUUAAUUAAAGUCAUAAUUGUGCACUUAUAGCAUUUAAAAAAAAAAAAAAUCCCAUUUAUGCACCAAAACUUCACCUUUCAUAUGAAAAAAAAUAGGUAAAUUAACUAAUUAAAGGUUCUCAAUGGUCAUGCACUUAAGUUAUGAUUGUAAAAACAUGGUAAAAAGCAUCUAAGCUUUAUGGAACUGCUGAAUGACAACAAAAUCAGUUAGCCUUUUCACUGCACAAACACUAUUUGGAUUUAAAGGCAAAAUGAAAGCCUAAGGCACCUGUAUCCAAGGUAGCUCUUGGUAAAUGGGAUUAGAGCAUACUUAGAGGCUGAUAAAAAAUGGUGGAGACCAUUGUAACCGAACGGCGGAAGGGGAGGCACAAGUAGCAAUUUAUGCCCCUCAUCAAAUACAAUGCAGUGUAAAUUAUGACAUUUAGGAAAUGGCUUCUGAAAAAUAUGAGUAAUAACAUAAUUAGAUCAUAAAGAAAAACAGCAGAUUUAUUUUCAAAUUGAAUAGACCAGCAUCGCAGUACACAAAGAACAGUGGCUAUGAUACUGUAAGGGUUAUGUUUAAUUCUGUUAGUUGGUUUGUGUUUUAGCUUGGUUUUGUUCUGUUCCUGUUUGCCUGUGUUCCCAGUGAUUGUUAGUUUCCAUAGUUACUCAUUAGUUUCAAACUUGUUCUUAAUUCCGUUGAUUACUCUGUGUGUAUUUAAGCCCUUAGUUUCCUCAGUUCAUUGUUCGGUGUCGCCUUUAGUUUAGCUAGUGAUCUCCUGAGUGUUACCUUGUUGGAUUUAUUAAAGACUGUUUUUGCUA